GGCGAAACGACCUGAUACCGGUGGCGAUAGUCAACCAGGAAACAUUGCAAAGAAAAAGAAAAAAAAGGAUGUAGAAAUAGUAUGGAUCGUGAUACACUAUGAUCUCAGUAUAAAUGGUAUAAACUUGGAACUGAAAUUUUAACUACAUGUAUAAGAAAUACAAAUCAGAGAAACGUACUGAAGAGUACGUGAUGUCGGAGGCCUCCAGCCGCCCAUCCUCCGACCAAGGAACUAAAGAGUUUACCACGAAGCACAACAUCAAGGUAAAAGUCUUUUCUGCUGAUAUUUCGAAAGUCCCCACGAAGGCUGUGGUGGCAGAAGUUAACGGUAAACCUCCAGAUGAACUGCCCCCAGAGACUACACUGCUUUAUCAAGCCGUGGGGCCACAGCUGAGAACAAUUGAAAAGGAGAGCACAUGCCAAGAAGGGAUACUAAUUUCUCGCACCGGCGGAACGAAACUAAAGAUUGACUUACUGUUCCAUGUCCACAUAAUUGCAUUUUCGUCAAAGAAUCCAGAUGUCUGGGUAGGAGAGAUGAAAAAGACUUACGAAGGCAUUUUUAAAACGGCAAAUCUCCGGAAAAUUAGAUCUCUGACGAUGCCGUUAUUGUCUGGUGGUGCCCCAACUGAUGUGGCUGCAGAAGCAGUUGUACGAGCUAUUGCGGCUUACAAAUCGAGUGGAACCGUGCGAGAGUUCAACAUUGUCACUCUGGACAGAAAACUCACUUCAGAAAUUGUUUCAGUUUGUAAACAGAUAUUUCAAAAUCAAAGUGAAAUUGAAAGUGAUGCCUCUCAAAACUAUGAACCAGAAUCCUCGACCUCUGGGGACCUGAAGAAGAAAACUCUAGAAAAGACUAACGCGAAACACGGGACAGAAAAGUUGAAACAACGUACUAGAAAAAGUCUAGACUCUUCCACUAAUGCCACCAGUUCUGAGAUCACAGUUGACCAAUUAGCAAUAAUCGACAAUUCCAAUCAAAGGAAUGGUCCGCUGAAAAAUGAUGAUGGGCUUGAUAAUGGGAAAAGUUCUUCAGAAGGUAGUACAGGCAAUGCUUCAAAAAUUCCAGUAAAGAAAAGUGGUCAGACUGCAGUGGUGAAUGGAGCGACUGGUGACGCAAUACAUGGAAAUGAUGUAGGUAAAGAUGAGGAUGGGGAAAAAGAUGAUGUUGAUGAUGAUUCUCCUAAUGAUGAUGCAAAGAGAGUAGAAAAAGAAGUGAAGAAAGGAGGAAAUCAAGAUGAAACUGCAGCAGAGAAAGAAGAACGGAAACAAGAGGAAGAUGAUAACACCUGUGUUAUUUGCAUGGACACGAUCACGGACCGCAAGAAGCUGGAGAAAUGUGGUCACGUGUUUUGUAGAGCGUGUAUAGACAAGUGCUUCCAGACGUUCAAGCCCAUCUGCCCAUCCUGUAACACUGUGUACGGUAUCAUCAUGGGAGACCAGCCCCCAGGCUCCAUGACAUGUACCACUGCGAGCGACCGUCUGCCAGGCUACGAACAGUACAGCACCAUAGUGAUUAACUACAGCUUCAGCAAUGGAAUCCAAACGAAGGACCACCCACAUCCUGGCAAACUGUAUUACGGAACACACAGGACGGCAUAUCUGCCUGACAGUCCAGAUGGACGGAAAGUUCGCCGUCUGCUCCAGAAAGCCUUUGACCGGAAGCUGACGUUUACAGUUGGUCGCUCAGCAACAACAGGCAAAGACGACUGUGUAAUAUGGAAUGAUAUCCACCAUAAGACUAACACCCAUGGUGGAGCACAGGGUUUUGGGUAUCCGGACUCCACCUACCUGACCAGAGUACAGGAAGAACUCGCCAGCAAGGGCGUCACGGAUGACUGAUUCCGUGGAAUUAACAGCACAGAACAUUAUGAUAUAUUUACUAAAUACAGCUAAUUAUUUUUCAGUAUUAUUAGCUGCAUUUUUACUUACCGGUAGUCUUAUUAUUUUUAUGCUUUUUAUGCUUUCUUAUUGUUAAACAUUCAAAUAUUCAUUUUAUUUAUUCAUUCACUCCAUUUA